GUUGGAGCAGAGGAGGUGAGAGCGGAACACUUUGUGAUUGACGUUGUGAUUGCUCAGCCGAGGUUGAUACACCGGGAUCUCUCCAAAGCACUCCAGCAGCGCGAUUUCACACCGGAUCGUCAUUAGAGUGAAACAUUCAAUAAUUGCUCCACUGGGUACGAGACGCAAAGCACCGGGAAACAGAUAUGUUUUACUUUCACUGUCCACCACAGUUAGAAGGAGAAUGCUGCAGGACCAACACACUAAACACAAAUGGAUUUGGGAAUCACGCCUCUGGAGACUUCGAUGACGGUUUCCUGCGCAGAAAACAACGCAGAAACAGGACAACCUUCACCUUACAACAGCUGGAAGCCUUGGAGGCCGUUUUCUCACAGACCCACUAUCCAGACGUGUUUACAAGAGAAGAGCUGGCUAUGAAAAUAAACCUAACCGAGGCCCGUGUCCAGGUGUGGUUUCAAAAUCGAAGGGCAAAGUGGAGAAAGACAGAAAGAGGAACUUCAGACCAGGAGGGGAGCAAAGAACAAAUCAAUGAAGGCAACCCUCCUUCAAGAAACCUCAGCCAGUCUCCUGUUGACCACGUCAGAAAUAAGAAAGAACCAAUGGACAUACAGCAAAAUAUAAACAGAGUUGUUGGUUCAGGUGGACCUUUUUUCCCAUCUUGCUUGCCGGGGACUCUGUUGAACUCAGCUACUUAUGCACAAGCUUUGUCGCAGGUUGCGACUUUAAAAGGAAGCCCCUUGUGCUCCUGCUGUGUGCCUGACCCAAUGAGCCUCUCCUUCCUGCCACCAUAUGGAUGCCAGAGUAACCGGACAGCCAGUGUUGCAGCCCUGCGGAUGAAGGCCAGGGAACACUCAGAGGCAGUGCUGCAGUCGGCCAACAUGCUGGGGAUCGGGUCUACAACUGGGUCAGGGGUCGGGCUGGGCCACAGCACAGUCGCUUCUGGAGGAAGCGAUCCCAGUCCAAACUCUGGUACCUCUAAGAUUACAUCACAGAGAAGAACUCCUGACAAGCACCUGCACUCCCAAAAGGAGGGCCUGGAAAAGAAAUAA